CCCGCUGCCCGGCGAGCCCCCAGCGAGCCGCCGCGCCGCCGCGGAGCCCAUCCAGGUGUACGGACAGGUCAGCCUCAACGAUUCCCACAAUCAGAUGGUUGUUCACUGGGCAGGAGAGAAGAGCAACGUGAUCGUGGCCUUGGCCAGAGACAGCCUGUCUUUGCUGGGUCCCAAAAACAGCGACGUUUACGUGUCUUAUGAUUAUGGGAAGAGUUUUAAGAAGAUUUCAGAGAGAUUCAGCUUGGUCGGGGGGAACAGCAGCGAGGCAGCCAUCGCCCAGUUCUACCACAGCCCAGCCGACAACAAGAGGUAUAUCUUCGUGGAUGCCUUUGCCCCGUACCUCUGGAUCACCACUGACUUCUGCAACAAUAUCCAAGGCUUCUCCAUCCCCUUCAGAGCAGCAGACCUCCUGCUGCACAGCAGGAACCCCAACCUCCUCUUGGGCUUCGACAGGGCUCAUCCUAAAAAGCAGCUCUGGAAAUCAGAUGAUUUUGGCCAGACCUGGAUAUUGAUUCAGGAGCAUGUGAAGUCUUUUUCUUGGGGGGUUGAGCCCUAUGACAAGCCCAAUACCGUGUACGUGGAGCGGCACGAGCCUUCUGGGGCUUCCACUGUCAUUCGCAGCACUGACUUCUUUCAAAGCCGAGAGAAUAAAGAGAUAAUCCUGGAAGAUGUUGAGGAUUUCCAGCUCAGGGACAAGUACAUGUUUGCCACCAAGUCUGUGCGUUUGUCAGGCAGCUCCCAGCCGCCUUCUGUCCAGCUCUGGGUCUCCUUCAACCGCCGGCCGAUGCGCGUGGCGCAGUUCGUCACCAAGCACCCCAUUAAGGAAUACUACGUCGCUGAUGCCUCGGAGGACCAGGUGUUUGUGUGCGUCAGCCACGAUGACAACCGUACCAACCUCUACAUCUCGGAGGCAGAAGGCCUGAAGUUCUCCCUGUCUUUAGAAAACGUGCUCUACUACAGCCCAGGAGGGGCUGGAAGCGACACCUUGGUCAGGUACUUUGCCAACGAGCCCUUUGCAGACCUGCACCGCGUGGAAGGCGUGCGGGGCGUGUACAUCGCCACGCAGCUCAACGGCUCCUUCAGCGAGGACAACAUGCGCUCCCUCAUCACCUUCGACAAGGGCGGCACCUGGGAGCCGCUGCAGCCCCCGGCCCAGGCGCGCUACGGCCAGCACGCGGACUGCGAGUUCUCUCAGGGCUGCUCCCUCCACCUGGCCCAGCGCCUGAGCCAGCUGCUCAACUUCCAGCUGCGCAGGAUGCCCGUUCUGUCCAAGGAGUCUGCGCCGGGACUGAUCAUCGCCACCGGCUCCGUCGGCAAGAACAUGGCAAGGAAAACCAAUGUCUAUGUCUCGAGCAGCGCUGGAGCGAGGUGGAGAGAGGCCCUGUCUGGACCGCACUAUUACACGUGGGGUGACCACGGUGGCAUUCUUGUGGCCAUUGCACAAGGCACUGAGACUGACCAGCUCAAGUACAGCACAAAUGAAGGGGAAACCUGGAAGACAUUCACUUUCUCGGAGAAGCCGGUGUUUGUGUACGGGCUGCUCACCGAGCCCGGGGAGAAAAGCACCAUCUUCACCAUCUUUGGCUCCUACAAGGAGAAUGGCCACAGCUGGCUCAUACUGCAGAUCAACACCACGGACGUGCUGGGGGUCCCCUGCACAGAGAACGACUACAAGCUGUGGUCCCCGUCGGACGAGCGGGGCAAUGAGUGCUUACUGGGGCAUAAAACCGUGUUCAAAAGGAGGACUCCUCACGCCACCUGCUUCAACGGGGAAGAUUUUGACAGGCCUGUCAUGGUCUCUAACUGCUCUUGCACGAGGGAAGACUUUGAAUGUGAUUUUGGCUUUAAGCUGAGUGAUGACUUGUCAUUGGAAGUUUGUGUCCCUGACCCUGAGUUUGCUGGGAAGCCUUAUGAGCCACCAGUCCCUUGUCCUGUUGGCUCAACUUACAAGAAGACUCGAGGCUAUAGGAAGAUCUCUGGGGACACUUGUACAGGUGGAGACGUCGAGGCACGGCUGGAAGGGGAGCUGGUGCCCUGCCCUCUGGCUGAGGAGAAUGAGUUCAUUCUGUAUGCCACCCGCUACUCCAUCCACCGCUACGACCUGUCCUCUGGCCUCAGCCAGGAGCUGCCCCUGGCCGGGCUGCGCGGGGCCGUGGCGCUGGACUUCGACUACGACCACAACUGCUUGUACUGGGCUGAUGUCACUCUUGACAUUAUACAGCGUCUUUGUCUCAACGGCAGCUCAGGGCAGGAAAUCAUCAUAAGCACUGGACUGGAAACAGUGGAAGCUUUGGCCUUUGAACCUCUCAGUCGGUUGCUCUACUGGGUCAAUGCUGGGAUUCCCAAAAUUGAGGUUGCCAAUCCAGACGGAGACCUGCGCCUUACCGUGCUCAAUUCCUCCAUCCUUGAGCGACCCCGAGCCCUGGCUCUGCUCCCUCGUGAUGGGUUGAUGUUCUGGACGGACUGGGGAGACUCCAGAGCUGGCAUUUACAGAAGCGACAUGGAUGGCUCGUCGGCCGGGCGCAUCGUUUCGGAGGGCGUGCGCUGGCCCAACGGCAUCUCUGUGGAUGACCACUGGAUCUACUGGACUGAAGCCUACAUGGACAGGAUUGAGAGGGUGGAUUUCAACGGGCUGCAGAGGUCUGUGAUCCUGGACAGCCUCCCUCACCCCUAUGCCAUCGCUGUGUUUAAGAACGAAAUCUACUGGAAUGACUGGUCACAGCUGAGUAUUUUCAGAGCAUCCAAAACCAGUGGCUCCAGAAUGGAGAUCUUAGUUGGCCGCUUAAACGGGAUCAUGGACAUGAAAAUCUUCUACAGAGGAAAGACAACAGGGGAGAACGCCUGCAUUGCCAAGCCCUGCAGCCUGCUCUGCCUGCCCAAGUCCAACAACGGCAGGAGCUGCAAGUGCCCCGAGGGGGUAUCCAGCAGCGUGCUGCCCACGGGGGAGGUCAGGUGUGACUGUCCUCACGGCUACAUCAUGAAGAACAACACUUGCAUAAAGGAAGAAAACACGUGUCUGCCAAACCAGUACAGAUGCUUCAACGGGAACUGCAUCAACAGUAUCUGGCAGUGUGACAACGACAACGACUGCGGGGACAUGAGCGAUGAGAAGAACUGCCCCACCACUGUGUGUGACAUGGAGACGCAGUUCCGCUGCCAGGGCUCGGGGACCUGCAUCCCUCUGUCCUACAAAUGUGACCUGGAGGAUGACUGUGGGGAUAACAGUGAUGAGAGUCACUGUGAGGCUCACCAGUGUAGAAAUGAUGAGUUCAGCUGCAGCUCGGGGAUGUGCAUUCGUCUCUCCUGGAUGUGUGAUGGUGACAACGACUGCAGAGACUGGUCUGAUGAAGCCAACUGCACUGCAGUAUAUCACACGUGUGAGGCCUCCAGCUUCCAGUGUCAGAACGGCCACUGCAUCCCGCAGCGCUGGGCCUGCGACGGCGACGCCGACUGCCAGGACGGCUCCGACGAGGACCCCAGCAGCUGCGAGAAGAAGUGCAAUGGCUUCCAGUGCCCAAAUGGCACCUGCAUCCCAACCAGCAAACACUGCGACGGCAUCACCGACUGCCCCGACGCCUCGGACGAGCAGCACUGUGAACCCUUGUGCACCCGUUACAUGGACUUUGUGUGCAAGAACCGGCAGCAGUGCCUGUUCCACUCCAUGGUGUGUGACGGCAUCAUCCAGUGUCGAGAUGGGUCAGAUGAAGAUGCCAACUAUGCUGGCUGCUCCCAGGACCCCGAGUUCCACCGGACCUGUGACCAGUUCAGCUUCCAGUGCCAGAACGGCGUGUGCAUCAGCCUGGUGUGGAAGUGCGACGGCAUGGACGACUGCGGCGAUUACUCUGACGAGGCAAACUGUGAAAACCCAACAGAGCCCCCGGACUGCUCCCGGUUCUACCAGUUCCAGUGUGGGAAUGGGCACUGCAUCCCCAACCGCUGGAAGUGCGACGAGGAGAACGACUGCGGGGACUGGUCGGAUGAGAAGGACUGUGAGGGGUCUCGUGUCCAGGCUGUGACGCCGUCGGCUCCGGCACCGUGUGCUGCCAACCACUUUCGCUGCAACAGCGGAGCCUGUGUCACCAACAGCUGGGUGUGUGACGGCUACAGGGACUGUGCUGAUGGCUCUGAUGAGGAGGCCUGCCCGACUAAAGGACCCAAUGCCACAGCCACCUCCUCCGUGCUCCCAGGACGCUGCAGCAAGUCAGAGUUUGAGUGUGAGCAGCUGCACAAGUGCAUCCCCAACUGGAAACACUGCGAUGGGCAGAGGGACUGCCAGGAUGGCACGGAUGAGAGGGGCUGCCCUACUCACAGCAGCCUGGAGUGCCCCAAUGGGUACAGGUGUGAGGAUGGGGAGAGCUGCAUCAUGGCAGCAGAGCGGUGCGAUGGGUACCUGGACUGUGCAGACAGCAGUGAUGAGAGGAACUGCACUGAUGACACAGUCGUGUACAAAGUGCAGAACCUCCAGUGGACGGCUGAUUUCUCUGGUGCUGUUACCCUGACGUGGACACGGCCCAAGAAGAUGUCCUCUUCCUCCUCCUCCUGUGUCUACAACAUCUACUACAGGACGGUUGGGGAAAGCGUUUGGAAGAUUUUGGAAACCCACAGCAACAAAACCAACAGCGUCCUGAGAGUGCUGAAGCCUGACUGUACCUAUCAGGUGAAGGUCCAAGUGCAGUGUCUCAGCCGUGUCUACAACACCAAUGACUUCAUCACUCUCCGGGCACCCGAAGGACUACCAGAUGCUCCCUUUAACCUUCAGCUCUCCCUGAAAAAAGAAGCUGAGGGUGUGGUGAUGGGCUGCUGGAGUCCCCCCGUGAACGCCCACGGCCUCAUCCGGGAGUUCAUCGUGGAAUACAGCAGGAGUGGAUCCAAGGAGUGGUCAUCCCUUAGAACCACCAGCAACUACACUGAAAUCAAGAACUUAGAGGUUAACACCUUAUACACGGUCAGGGUGGCUGCAGUAACUAGUCGAGGAGUGGGGAACUGGAGUGAUUCCAAAUCCAUAACCACCAUCAAAGGCAAAGUCAUUCCUCCACCCGUCAUACACAUAGAGAGCUACGGUGAGGACUCCAUCACUUUCAGCCUAAGGAUGACUGCUAACAUCAAGGUCAGCGGCUACGUCGUCAACAUCUACUGGACGUUUGAUACGCACAGGCAGGAAAAAAGGACUCUGGUCAUAGAAGGAGAAAAGUCCAUCCAAAAAGUGGCAAAUUUGACAGCACACACCCCCUAUGAAAUUUCUGCUUGGGCUAAGACGGAGCUGGGUGACAGCCCUCUGUCUUUUGUACAUGUGGUGACCAGUGGGACAAGACCUGCAUCGCCAAGUCUCAAAGCCAAGGCCAUCAACCAGACGGCGGUGGAGUGCAGCUGGACCGGGCCCAGGAAUGUCGUCUAUGGUGUCUUUUAUGCUACAUCCUUCCUGGAGCUGUACAGGAGCCCUCACAACACCACCACGACCUCCCACAACAUCACGGUGCUGGUGCAGCGGGACGAGCAGUACCUCUUUCUGGUCCGUGUGAUGGCUCCUUACCGGGGGCCACCGUCCGACUCCGUGGUGGUGAAGAUGAUCCCGGACAACCGCCUUCCCCCGCGCCACCUCCACUCCGUGCGCACCGGCAAGACCUUCGCCGUCGUCAAGUGGGAAUCGCCCUACGAUUCGCCCGACCAGGACAUGUUAUAUGCUGUGGCUGUUAAAGAUUUAGUGAGAAAAACAGAUAAAAUCUACAAAGUGAAAACCCAGAACAGCACGGUGGAGUACACCAUUAAGAAACUCGAACCGGGAGGCAAAUACCACGUCAUUGUCCAACUGGGAAAUAUGAGCAAAGAAUCCAGCAUGAAGAUCAACACAGUUCCCCUCUCUGCACCAGAUGCCUUGAAAAUCAUCACAGAGAACGACCAUGUGCUGCUUUUCUGGAAGAGUUUGGCAUUAAAGGAAAGCAAUUUCAAUGAAAGCCGGGGCUACGAGGUUCACAUGUUCGACAGCCUGAUGAACAUCACGGUUUAUCUCGGCAACACCACUGAGAACUUCUUCAAAGUCUCCAACCUGAAGAUAGGUCACAACUACUCGUUCAGUGUCCAGGCCAGGUGCCUGUAUGGUGGGCAGAUGUGUGGCGAGCCUGCCACGCUUCUCUAUGAUGAGCUAGGAACUGGUGAAGACUCUUCUGCAUCAAAAUCUGGUAGAUCUACUGAUGUUGCUGCCAUCGUGGUCCCAGUGCUGUUCCUGCUGCUGGUGACCCUGGGGAUUGGCUUUGUGGUGUUGUACAUGAGGCACAGACGGCUGCAGAACAGCUUCACUGCCUUUGCCAACAGCCACUACAGCUCUCGCCUGGGCUCGGCCAUAUUCUCCUCAGGAGAUGAUUUAGGAGAUGAGGAUGACGAGGCGCCGAUGAUAACUGGAUUUUCAGAUGACGUUCCCAUGGUCAUCGCCUGAAGCCCAGUUCCUGACUGUAAAAAAGAAACCCCAACCAAAUGGUGUAAAUAUUUCAUUUGAUAAAAAAAAAAAUAGUUGAUUGUUUAUUUUAAAAAUGCACUUUCAGUUGCAAUAUGUUAUUUUUAUAUGGGCCAAAAACAAAAAAAGGAAGAACAUUUUAAGAUACACUUUGUAGUAAUCAACUGUGAACUGCAGACUCUAGGUCAGUUUAGUAACAAAUUGCUUUGAUUUAACAUUAAUUUAGUCUUACAAGGCUAUGCUUGCUGGGCAUGCUUUUCAGUCUGUGAGAUAACCUCCUGUUGACUAAAUUGGCUACUCCUUUUAUUUUUCUAAGACAAGAAUACCUUUAUUUAAACAGAUUCAGGAGAUUAUAUAUGUAGAGAGAGAGAGAUAAGUAAUAUAGUCCCUGAAGGUUUUGCUUUUACUUUUGAAAAUGAAAGAAAAAUAACAAUUCCUUUGGACUUUGUUUUCUAUGACAGUGUUUUUGUUGUGUUAAUUUAUUGGGAAAUCUGCUUGAGAACAGGUUUCCAACGUUGUCAGACAUUGUACACGUUGUUGUGUAGAACAUGUGCCACUUUAUCUUGCAAGGCAGUUGUAUCUGGGCAUCCCCAUCAUUGUUCUUGCCAUGAAAAUAAGAAUCCUUAUUUUUACAUAUUAUUCCCACCCCUCCUUAUUAAAAGACCUGCUCUUUCAGCAGUCAAGGUAUGGCACAACAUACUGGAUGAGUUUAGCUUGCUGCUGCUGUACCUGUAAGCCAAAACCGUCCCUACUGAGCCACGCUGCCAAGGGUUGUGCAAACCCUUGCCACAGGCCAUGAGCAGGAGGGUUUUGGGGGCUUUUUUUGGCCCAGGCUUCUCAGUUUUGACCCUCACUUUCAAGUCUGCAGCAGCACCAAACACGGUGCCCUCUGCAUCCAUGGUUAACCGACCUGCUGCCCGUGCCCAUCACCUGUGGCCUCAUUCAUCUGGAAUUUAUGUCAUUUAACAUCCCUGCAAAAAUUUGCCACUGCUUGAAGUUCAAGCACACACCUUAAAACAGUUCCCAGGGGCCCUUUCUCUCCUGUGGAGCUUCUCUGAGAUGCGACAGAAGAGGGAGCCUCUGCCGUGUGCAACAACGAGCAGCUUCACAUCCACAUUUGCCUCACUCAUACCCAGCAGUAAUUACUAAGCAUCUAAAUUCAUUUGCUUUCCAGCAGGGAUUUGAUCCUCCUUCAUUACCAUUUCCUAAAAGCACCUGGGGUUGUACCUCCAAGCUUUAGAAGUAACAUAUAUAUAUACACACACACACACAUAAAUUGUUUCCUCAUCGCUAGUCAUCUCACGUUUCCAGUAGACAUCAUACUGGCUACAGAGCCAAAAAAUGUCUGGUUACCAUUGUGGAGCUUGUUUGGUUUUUUUUCCCCUUGUGAUAGCAAAAUGUGACUCUCACCAGGAAUGCAGCUACUUGCCAACCCAGGGGCGACCACACGAGCGGAUGCACACGGGUCCGUGCUCUAUAUAUGCAAACCUUCACACCAGGAAAGUACACGACGCUGUCUCGUCACGCUGUUUGCUUUGUUGAAACCAAAAGCUGCUUGUGUUUUUUGCUGUGUGAAUUAAGUUGUAAUUAUAGUCUUCCUAGAGAUGAAACAAGAGAGGGCAACUAUGUUUUGAUACGUGACUGAUGCCUUUCAUUACAUGGACAGAAGUUCUGCGUGGUUUGAUACUCUAGAGAAAUACUAACUCUAUUUUCAAUUACUGGUCUUUACCAUUCCCAGUGACAGGUUUUUUUUCCCCCCCUCCCCAAAGCUGGGACCAAACUGUACUCAGAUUUUUAUAAGUAGCAGCAAGCUUGCAGAGGUGCAAUAUUUGUACCAUUAUUAGUGGGUCUGGUGCUGUUCAGGAGUAAAUGAUUUUGAAUAAAUCGACCCAGUGUGUGUAGCUCCAUUUGCCUGGAAUUACAGUUACAUAAGAGAGACCAGAAUCUGACCCAGAGGCUAAACUCUUCUAAAGAAAUAAAUCAAAGGAUUUUAUACAGGAAAGAAAGCCUAAAAGCAGAGAGAAAGAGUACUGAACCCCUUAUCAGGCAAACAUUUAAGGCACAGGUAACUGAAAAUUACAGGAUGGUAUCCCAGAAGCUGGUGUCUCUGAUGAGAGUUAAUACUGGUUAAAUACUGCUACUUCACUCCCCCAGGGUAAAUCCUGCUCCAGUUAAGGUGAGGAGAAUUUAGUCUUUACCUGGAAGACAGAUGCCAAGGGGGACCCUCCUGUAACCACUUUAUAUUCUGCAGAAAUCCCUUCUUUGGCUGCUUCAAGCAUCAGCUGGGGGACAGGUCACUUCUGGCCACUCUGAAAGGCUCCUUUGUACCCACGGCUCAGUAACACUCGUAUGGAGCUCAGUCUGUUGCCAGCAAAGCAUUUUUGUUGUAAUCCUAUACUCAAAAGCAGCACUUUUGGUUACCUGUGCCUCUCUAGUGCAAUGUGGGCUCAGUCUGCAGAGUCCCCCCAUAUUGCACAGGGGUCUGGGGACACUGCAGCAGCCAGGCUCUGAGCAAAGCUGAAUUCACCUGCUGUGGACAGUACUGUAAUGCACCGACACACCUUACCCUCUCCCAAACUUCCCUUUCAUUGCAAAAAUCACCACUGUGCUCUCAGCGAAGCAACUUCACAGGGCUAGUGUAUUUUCUAUAGAGAUAAAGUCUAAGCUCCAGGCAGGGAGGGAGCAGGACAGAUGCAAUUCUGGGUAUAUUGUAUAUUUUUAUGAACUUUUGAAGCAUGGAAUCUUGUUCACAGAGAUGUAUAGGGGGUGGGAGGGUUCUGCUGUAAAUACGGUACGUGGAUGCCUGUUUCCUUCUGGUUUUGUUGCAGUAGCUUUAUGCAAAGUGACAUGAAUUGUUACCCCAGCUUCUGGGAGCUGACUUGGGGUUACUUCAUAGGAACCCUGUGCCUAAAGUCACCUAAAGCAGCCCCAAACUCACCUCACCUGAGCCAGCAACUCCCCCUUUCCUCACAGGGCAGAUUUCAGUCCUGGGAUCUGCACACUUGCAAUCUCCUUGUAGGGACAGGGAAGUAUUUAAUGACAAACUCAACCAAUGUAAAAUUGUGUUUGGGAGAGAAGAAAAUAACAUUUUUCCCAAAACAGCUUUCAAAUCUCCUUCAAGUGGACUUCAGAAGAGAAAUGGUGCAAUUGAGUGAGUUACUCUUGGACCCAGAGAGCACCUUCAGGAACUAAGCUGUAACAUUUAUAAUUGGUCCUUCCCAAGGAGCAGCAGCCUACAAGCAGCCAGUCUCUAAUGAGGUGGUUUUUUUUUUAGAGGUAGUGUCAGCUUCUAAUCUGGUUCCUUAAGUGAAGUUUAAUACUAUGCCAUUUUGAAUAGCUACUGUGUCUUUUGUUGUUGUUGCAUUUUGGGUUGGGUUUUUUUUUUCAAUUCACUGAUUUCUGCUCUGUUAUUGCACAAUUUUGAAGGAGUUUUUGUCUUCCCUUCCCCCCAUCCCCCCCAAUUAAUGAUAAUAAUAAAAGUGGA